AUGUGUGUGCAAUCCGAGCUGGUUGACUACUUGCGCCAGUUAGCGGAGGCCAAAGCCUUUGCCAUGAAAGAGUCGAUCGUUUCAGAGGCUCGAAACUAUGCAGGAAACGACGCACAGAGCCCAUCACCCCGAGUAGGAUUCUGGGAUGUGUUCCACCGAGGAACCCGGAAGGGUGAAUUUCGUCCGAUCACCCCGGCGAAGACGGAACUUUAUCUUCCAGACAUCAACGGAGCUGGCUGGGUCCGUCCUGGAAGAAGCAAUAUCCAGUCGGCGCAGCACGGGCACAGUGACGACCUCGCACACGGCACAGAGAAGGGGUCGGCGACACAAGCUUUGAGGAAAGGCGAAGCGUCCAAGUCAGCUCCGGUGCUGUUCCGGCAGGGAGUGGAGGAGCAGAAGCAGAAAGACAAACGCGGCGCAGGAGGAAAGCCGAAAGUACCAUCCAUCGGCGUGGAAUUGAGGAGGCUUGCAGUGGGUGACGAGGGUACGUUCACACCUCCUGGAUCGAUGCGCGGCUCGCUGGCCGAGGCCAAAACGUGGUGGUUUCAAUCGCGAAAGCCACCCUUAGUCGAAAGAACGCAGACGGAUUUUCUUUCGUCCAGGAAGUCGCGCUCGGGUUCUUCCUUGCAGAGUUCUGCGCACGAGACGAGCAAGGCUGUCCUCCCGCGUUUGGCAUCUUCAAGCCAAAGUCCCAUCGCUCAUUUCGGUCCACGGCCGAUGGCUCCUGGAGAGAGCCUCCUUCCGAUGCUUCCCACGCCACAGCCACCACAGAUCCUGGAGGAGGAACCAUUGCAUUUGCCACCGAUUCAAGAGGCCGUGGUCCCAGUUCAUGAUCAGAGCCUCAAGUCUGGCGAAGAGGAUGCCACUUGGUCUGCCCUGAACUACAUCCGAGCAUGUCACAGGGAGCAGAUCUUGCCGGUGCCUUCGAGUUUUGUGACCGGGCAUUCGCGCAGGGUGGACGCCGUUGCCAAGGCAAGUACUGAUGCGGAGCUGUUGACCUUGUGUGCAAUUGGACGCCUCGCAGAAGUGGAGGAUGUCGACCUCUCAAGUAAGCUCCUGUCCGAUGCCACCAUCGCCCGGUUCUGCCAGGAUGUUCUGUUGGCAGAUCAGAACCUCCGCACGCUCCGAAGGCUCAGCUUGAAAGACUCGCACGCUGCCAGACAUUCGCAAGCUGCGCUGAUCAGGCUGCUUCAGAAAGACGGAGCGACGAAGCUGAGCUUCCUCGACCUCAGCGGUGUUUCGAUGAGCUUGCGGAAUCUGCGGCUUUUUUGUGAGACUGUCCAGGGCCACCCGUCUCUCGAGACCCUGAAGCUGAGCAACACCGGGUUGGGCGGCGCCAUGGACCUCAAGUCCUGCCUCGCGCAGCUGCUUCGAGACAGCCGCCUCCAGGUGCUGGACCUGGGCUGGAACUGCUUCCCUGCCGAGGAGCUGAAGUUCCUCGGAGAGCUCAUUGCAAAAAACAGAAAUGUGAGGCACCUGAGCCUGGCCAACUGUGCAUCGAGCAGCCAGAAGAACCACAGCAUCUCCCCUUGUGUGUACUUUCUCGAGCAGCUCGUGAACGGGACCUCCCUUCGCAGCCUGGACAUCUCCAUGAACCGCCUGGAUUUCCGUGGUGCGUUGAUCAUUGAGGAUGCCUUGGACCAGAGCAGGCACCUCACCAAGCUGAGCAUGUCGCACAACCCGUUGGGCGUAAUGGGGCUGCGAUGCCUGCUGCGGCUGCUUGCAAGACCGCACUCCGGUUUGAUUGCCUUCGAGAUCGAGAACUGCUUCAAAGGAGAGCUCCUGGCCUCCGUUGAAGGGAUACAGGUCUUUACGUACACGAACCCCGGUGGGCAUUAUUGCUUGGACCUGGAAAGGCCGUAUCAUCGAUCUCUUCUUCGGACUCUCUACAAGGUUGGUGAACGAUUCCAGCUGAAGCCUGCUGAGACUUUCUCCAAUGUCACAUUCAGCCCUGGCGCUUUCUCCCUGCCCUCUCAGCGUGAUGCUGGGGUUUGGCCAGUGCCAACAUCAGGACGUUUGCAAGUCAACUUCAGCAUCGAGAAGGCCAUGCAACAGGCGGUCCAUGGCGUGGCCGAGGAAAACUUUGGUGAGGUCCUCGUCCGGUACAAUGAGGUCAUGCGAUUUACGCCACACUUCCGCAAACUUAUCCCACUGCUUGCUCAGUGGCGACUUCUAGAAGGACACGAGCAGGAGCAGCUUGCCAUGCUAGCGGCACUGGGUAGGGAUUUCAUCUUCACCAGCACCCACCUUCGCCAGCUUUGCGCCUGUCGGGCCAUGUUGGGCACCACGGUGGCGCGGCUGCUUCCCACCUUGGUCGGAGGAAAGUUUGCACGCAGCAUGGUCCUGCGCUGCGUGGACAAUCUCAGCGAGUUCGUGAAGAUGCUGACUCUGUGCAAGGAGUAUUUGCUGUUCAACCCAGACAGCCCUACAGGGCAUUACAAGCUCGACUUGGGCAACCCGGCCGCCGCCUACGUGGCGCAGGCACUGGCCCUGCUGGACCGAUGGGAAUCAGGCAUCGCCAAGCGAAAGGAGUUGCCGGACAUCUCCGAGGAUGGUGAUUGCUCGUGCGUGAGGAACUGCAGGUACGCCCACCAAUCUCUUCGCUCAUUGGGCUUGCAAAGCUUUGACGAAUGGGUUCUUCCAGAAAAGGAGAUUCUGGAGCUGGACUAUGUCACACAUCUGCGACCUGAUUGUCGCGGCGAAGUGAUGCUCCCAGCGACCUUCACCCGCUUCCUGACCAUCCUCCAGCAAGCGGAGUGCGAUGGCCCAACGCAGAUCAAGGUGACAAGAAACCUGGCCCACUACAUCAACUUGACGAGCGUUCAAAUGCGACAGCUGCUGGGCGUCUACCGCACCGCCGAGCUGCGCGAGGAAGCCUUGGUGACGACGUUCUUUCGGAUCGUUGACAUUCACAACGAGAAGGUUUUCCGCGUCCGCUACGAAGAACAGGCCGAGCUGGACAGUUUGCGCCAGCGGCUGGGCUACUGCACAUUCUUCACGUAUAUUCAGCCGGAGCAGGUCACCUACGAUUUCGACUUCGCGAAAUACGAUCAGCGCCUCGCAGCGAACCUUUUCUUUGGUUUGGCAAAUGCAGAAAAGCGGGACAACAUCUCUAACUUCCGCUACACACUUCCGGACGGCACGAUCGACAAGCUGGAGCAAGGCGUUCCGCGCAGCUGGGAUCAGUUUGCGCGGAUGCCCAAGGAGGGCGUCUUCCAUUUCACUUACAAAUGUUCUCCACAGGAUCGUCGGUUUUCCCUCAGAAAGUCCUUGCUCUUCCAGUUCGGGAAGUGGAAGGUGGACGUCGCCGAGGAUGAAGUGAAUUGGUGGGCGGCUGCCGCAGAGGCACCAGAAGAUGUGCUGGAGUUCCUGUUCUGGAUGCGCUCACGAUUCCGAGACACCCAGAAGGCUUUUGAAGCCUUCGACGGUGCUGACGGGAACGGCCUCCUCGGGCUGCGCGAGUUUGAGGAAGGGAUGAAACAGCUGAAGUGCCAAAAGUUCCGCGGCCGUGAUGAGAAGCAGCGCUGGACGGCGAUCUUCCGGUUUCUGGAUCCGAGCGGCGAGGGGCAGGUGUCGAAGGAGGAGUUCUUGACUUUGGACAGCUUCUGGGCCGAGGUGGAGUUCUCCAUCAAAGAAUUCAUCGACUGGUCGAAUCGGAAGUAUGGCAGGGACCUGAGGACCCUCUGGAACGCUCUGGAUGAAGAUGGAAGUGGUGCCAUCCAGCGCUUCGAAUGGGAAUCUGUUCUCGACAAGGUUGGAUACUUCGGGCCGUCCGGGCCCAUCUUCAGCUACGUCGACGAGGCGGCCGUGCGGAGGGACGAUGUGGAGUUCACUUUAUGUAUGACUGUAUGA